AGAGAACCCCUCGCUCAUCGGUCGCCUGGAGCAAAUAAGUCCUUGUUACUGGCUUAGUUUCCCCAAUUGCGCAGAGUGCCCGAAGGUGGACUGGGGCUUCCCUUAAUUCCUGAAGAUUAACUUCACCUGCCCCGGAAAGGCUCCCCAGAUCUGGACUACCCACCCUAAUGGUGUCCCUACUACUACUGCUACUGCUCUUGCUGCUAUUGCCGGCACCAGUCCAGCUGUGGGCACAGCUGGAAGACACCUGCCAAUGGCAAGUGGUACUCAACAAGUACCAGACCUUGGGAGAGGGCAAUGAAAGGUUUUUCAAUCAAGAACCAGUUUCCGACGUAGACAAAUACUUCGAAGAACUAGUGGAUUCACCCAUCGACCAUGAAGAGACGUACUGGGGCUUCCCUUACUUCCUGAAGAUUAACUUCACCUGCCCUGGAGAGAAUUCAGAAGCCUUUGUCCGUGGAGGCCACCUUAAGGGCCUGAUCCCCAUUGUGCUGGUCACCUUCUACGCCCCCGUGAAUUUCCGGAGAUGGAAGGCAGAGAGGUUGCAAAUCGAGAUGAAGGGAGCACCAUUCAGAAGACAUGUGUCCUGCUUGGCUGAGGAGGCCUGUGUCAUGAAUUGGUAUACCCCCAUGCCCAUGAAGAAUGGCACUGUAGUGAUGGAAGUCGAAAUCUCCAGCAACCAAGUCGGGGAGCUCAUUGGUGAUACCAGGUACAUGAUAAAUAUCAAUGGGUUUCUGAAAAAAGACAAGGACAAACUGAUCUUUACCCUGGGAAGUGAGGUCACGGCCAUGACCCAUAGGCACUUCAUCAAUGCACCAUCUAGGCCUGUCUGGGCUACAGUGGACCAGGCUCCUGUGCUCAUCCUUGGGGGUAUUCCAGAGGAGAAGAUGAUUCUCAUCUCUGACUCCAGCUUCAGGGACAUCUCCCUGGUGGAGCUGAGCAUCAAUAGCUGCUGGCUGGGCUCUCUUCACUGCCCUCAGGAGCACUUCACAGCCACCAUCUAUGACACCAUCUCCACUGAAAGCGUCCUCUUCAUCCGACAGAACCAACUCGUCUACUAUUUCACUGGCAAUUACUUCAAUGGGCCUGCAAAAGGGCCUAGCACCAGCAAUUGGGUCCAAGUCUUGCAUAGUCACUGUAUCAAGAAACUUUGUCCUGUGGAAUUCCACAGCAAUGGCUCUGAGUACAUCUUGGCCUUGGCUGGAGGUGAUCAGGAAGGCUUCUUCCACUUUGGGAUCAUCACAGAUGGCAAAGUGACUUUCAGAAGGAUGCCUAAAAUGAGAUCGAUGUGUGCUAUCCAGAAAGCCCCAGAGUGUUGGCUCCACUGGGUGGUGUAUGACAUGAAGGAAAAUACUUUCUUGCUUCUCAUGGAGUUUCCUCAAGGCAACAAGACACAUUUCCAGAUUUUACAGUACUCGUCAGUUCGUAGAGGCUCCCUUUUGGAUUCGGUCAACUUGCUCUUUCAAAUUCCCCGUUUCAUCCCCUUGGAUAAUGACAUGGAUUUUGUGAUGCUACUGGGCAUGGAGGCAUAUACUGACUACCCCCUGGUGCCCAAGGGUCUCUUCUACAACCCUUUCACCCAUCUGCUGUUGAUUUGGGGCAACGCUAUUCUGCAGAGCUACGACAAUAAGAAUUACAUUUACAUGGCCAGAUUCCCCAAGGAGUCCUCAAUAAAGUACAUGGUCGGCUCCUACAGAGGCCAAGUGAUCUUCGUCACUGAGAAUGAGGAGAUCUGGUUCAUUGUUGAAGGCAGCUUCAAGGUACAUCGUCUGUACCCAUCAGAUGGCUGGCAGACGUUUUUCACCCUUUCCCAGAUGCAGGCCUCAAGCCUAUAUUCAACCAAUGAGACCUCAGUCAGCAUCUUCUAUGACAGGAUGGGUCCACAGCAGCUAGUCUAUCUGGUUAACAAGAAAGGGGAAGGGAAGCUGGUGAAAAGGCCACUGCCAGUGAAUCAAAUCUUGGUGUAUCAGCUGCUGGGUCUGACGUCCUAUGAGAUCAGUACUGAAGUGUAUCCAGCGACCCUCUCCUACAAUAACCCCUGCCCUUUUGAGCUGAUGCAGCUGAAGGACCUGCCGAAUCCACAACGAUACACACGGGUGGAGCGCUAUCGCGCAAUGCCACCUUUUGUGAGCUCUGACGCUGGCUUCCACACCGAAGUCUCUUUGGCCAUCUACCAAGGCCUUGUCUACCACCUGCUCUCACUGCAUGCCAAGUAUAAUAAGCCCUAUGCUGAUCCUGUCCAUGACCCCACCUGGCGUUGGUGGAAGGAUAAGAAGCAACAUCAGGCUUUCUAUUUUUAUAAAGCCAGUAACUUUGAGAGUAUGUAUGGCGUGCACAUUGAAAUGGAUGGCUAUGAAAAGCUUUAUAAAUUGAAUUCCCAGAAUCGCCUGCCCGAAUACAUCUACCUGGACAAGGGGACCAUCUACAGCUUCUCCAUUUACCUCGUCUACCCAAAAACUUCCUGGAAAAACAACUUCCUGGGCCAAAAGAGGCAUUUGCGUCUGGCUGUGAUAAUGGCUGAUCCCAUGUGUGUGUCAGCAACAGUGAAGGAGCAGGCUUUAGUGAACCGAAAUGCCAUGCUCUUCCAGGUGUCUGUCAAGGACAGACUCAGAUGUUCUGAUCAAACCAUCAGUGGAUACAACCUCAUGAAAACAGCCUUACUUAUCAAGGUGGUUGGCUCAGUUGGGAAGUGCUUUAUUAGAACCCGAUAUGGACAUCUGAUGCAGGGCAAUGACAUGAUCCCCAUAUUCAUUGGCUGUCCCCCUGGCAAGCGGUUGGCCUUUGACGUCACCUUGACCCUUCAGCAGAACAAGGAGACCAAUAAAAGAUACUUUGACUGCGUGUAUCCAGACCCUGAAAUGCCUUGCUUCUUAUUCAGUGAUCCUUUCUUCCCCUUCUUCCUGAUCCAAGACAUGGUGACUGGUGAGUCAGGAAGCUUCAAUGGCAGCUAUGUCCUCAAGGUGAUUGGAGGAGGGGCUUCCAAGUACAACAUUGUGGAUUACUCAGAGGCUGACAUCUACCGCUACAACAGUCCUAAAGAUGAUACUGACAGCCUCAUCUGGACUGUCAAGGACAACUGGAUGGAUAGCCAUUCCUUUAGCAUCCUGCGGUAUAACAGCUCUGGCAUUGAGUGGCUGUGUCUGGAGAACUCUCCUUGUCACGAUAUUAUUCCCAAGCAUAUCUUUUCUCCUGACUUCUAUUUCAAAAUCAUGGUGAGCAACAGGGACGUGGAUACGAGCACCUACUGUGAUUAUCAGCUCACCUUCCUCCUCCACGUCCACGGCCUCCCACUCAGCCCUCGAAGGGCCCUCUUCUUCCUUGGGGUAACCUUGACUGUGCAGUUGGCCUUUAUUUCCUUCUAUAUCUUCUGGUGCUUCUUCUGGCCAGGCUUGAAGAAAUGGUGGUCCCACUUCAAGUGGAAGGUCAAUGAUAUCAUCAUGGCAGAGUCUUUCUCAACAUUCACCGCAUCCAGCAGUUCCUCCCCCUCCAUGGUCAGUAAUGUCUUACAGAAAACUGAAACAGAAGCAAGUUCUUUCCGAAAGUCAAGACCCAAGAAAAGAAUUUGAGGCUAUGACAGCCUCCACCUAUCCCUUCCAGCUUUUCCUUCUCUUUCUUGGCCUCUACCCUUCCAUCCCUAUGUCUUCCAUCCCUUUCCAUCCCUUCUGGCCUAUCAUCCUUCCUUCCAGUCUCUUGUCAGUCCUCCAUGGAUACCCCACUCCUCUCUAAUCCAACAUCUCCUGAGACCAUCAAGCCUCUCCCUUUGCCUCCCAAGUUCCCCUGUCAUUUUCCAUCCCUUCUGGCAUUCUCCUUCCCUUCCAGCCUCCCUCAUCCUCUGGAUCAGUCAAUAAAAAGCCAUGUCUAGGGAAUGGGUGUAGUUUCUGCACUGUUUGGGCCAUGGAGAGAGAAGAGGCCAUCUCUUUCCAGGACCAGAGACAUUUGGGGGAGGGUAGAGAAGGACACUAGAGCACAAGGACCAGAGAAAAGAGGAGGAGGGAGGACCUCCUUCAUUGCUGGCUUAAGCUUGGGAAAUGCCAGCUAAACUGAUGCUCAAUAUCUUCUAGAGGAACCUGGAAGAACACCUGACAAGGGGUUGUGGGGGAUGGGCACUUUCUACUCCUCUCUUCUUCCUCCCUCUGGUGUCUGUCACACUGAUCAAGGAUGGAGCUGGAGGAAGGGAGCGACAAGAGGCCUCCAUAACAUAAGAAACAGACCAUGAAGGAUGGAGGGGGAGAAGAUAAAGUGAUCCUAGCCCAGUGAUGCUGGUGAUGAGGAUGAGGGCCUGCAUUUGGUGACAGCCUAAGAGAAUGAGCCAUUCCA